AUGGGCCGAGCAUUUCCGGGGCGUCCUCAACCGCCUUCCGUCAUCUCCGACGCCGCCAUCGCCCGCUUGCCGCAAGUGGAGACCAACGCGGACCUCGACCUCCCGCCAUCUCUCCAUGAGACCAUCAGGGCCGUGCAGCAACUCUCCAGCGGGAAAGCACCCGGAUCGGACGCAAUCCCUGCUGAGGUCUACAAGCACGGAAGUCCCCUACUGAUGGAUCACCUGACUGCGCUCUUCCAGGAGAUGUGA